UUUCUCCCACAGAUGCUGCUGCUGCUGGGUCAGUGUUAUGCCGUCUAUUAAUAAUAACAGAGUCGAAUCAGCCACAGCGAGGAGAAGAAGAAGGAGGAGAAGGGGGAGAUCCACAUCACCAUUUCUCCUGUUUUUUCAAUCCUUAGUGAUGAACCAGACAGUGUGACAAAGACCCGCUGCAACUUCACACAAAAACCGCUUUUUAUCCACCUUUUUAUUUUAUUUUUUUACAGGUGCCAUUGUCUCGUUGAACCUCUCUCUCACAGCUGGCAGACAGACAGUCUUCUGGGCUCAUUACUGCGGUCAUCUCUCUGCUCGGGUCUGCUGCUGCUUGUUGGUAAACACGGAUCAGAUCCCUCCGGAGAGGACGAGGACUCCCUCUGGUGCAUUGAUGCACCCGUUUCAGUGGUGUAACGGGUGCUUCUGUGGUCUGGGACUGGUUUACUCCAACAAGUCGUGCACCAUGCCACCCAUCACCUUCCAGGACCUGCCUCUCAACAUCUACAUGGUCAUCUUCGGGACAGGCAUCUUUGUCUUCAUCCUGAGCCUCAUCUUCUGCUGUUAUUUCAUCAGCAAACUACGACACCAAGCCCAGAGUGAGCGGUUUGGAUACAGAGAGGUGGUUUUAAAAGGAGAUCCUAAAAAGUUGAAUCUUCAUGGGACGUGUGCCGUGUGUCUGGAGGACUUCAAAGUGAAAGACGAGCUGGGAGUGUUGCCAUGCCAACAUGCUUUCCACAGGAAGUGUCUGGUAAAGUGGCUGGAGGUGCGCUGCGUCUGCCCCAUGUGCAACAAACCCAUAGCGGGCCCCCCUGAGCAGCACCACAGCAUAGGGACUCUUCUGGAUGAACUGGUGUAACCUCUCAUCCCCCGCCAGCCUGGGUGGGUGCCGGCGCCCGGGCCAGACCAGCUGAUAUAAGUUAGCAACCAACAAGAAGAGAGACACUGUUUUGCUGUUAAAAACGCAGCAAAAAAACACCAACAUGAUGAUAGUAAGUUGGGGUAACCUAGUUACCACCCGGAGAAAGACUCUGAAGGAUGCUGUUGCCUAGCAACCAUCUCUGAGAUGGCAACACGACACCUUGUGGUGUCUGAGAGAUUAUCUCCAGCCACCCACACAUCACUCCACCACUCUUCACUCUUCAACAUCCCCCUCUCCACCCGCUCCGUCACAUCUUCUCUUGUUGCCUCGUGUCAGGUUAAUGGCACCACUGAAGAAGAGUUUCAUUUUUCACAACGAUGUGGACAAGUGAGUGUUGAAGGAUGACAGCGCUGGGUAGGAGGCACUGAUCCCCUCCGAGCAUGUAUGAGUGUUGUAUGUCACGGUGGUCACUGAUAUGAAAUAUUAUCAAUAUCGGCUGAGGUUUUUAAAACUCGUGCAAAAUUCUUUCAGACAAGAAGAUCUGAGACAAAACCACAGACAAAUAAAUAUUUCAACAUCUACGAGCACAAGAUCAUGUUGAUGGAAGAUACAGUAAAUUCUUAAAGAUGCUAAAUGCGAAAUUGGGAGCAUUUCUAUUGCCUCUGCACGGCUCUCAACAUGGCAACAGCUGAGCCGGCGGCUCGUAGCUAACGGUGCUAACAGUGCUAACAGUGAAAACAACAGCCACACUGCU